UAAGAGUGAUGGUGCAAUGGUGACUGGGAGGGAAGUAGCCCACACUUACUAGCAGCUGAGUGUAAAGAAAAAUAGCUUGAGAGGAAAGUGAUCACUUUAUUAGGAUGACCAAUGACAUACUCUAGUUUCAAAGCUAUGUUUCAAGUGAGUCUCCAGGAAGGAAAUCCGGAUUGGAGGGCAGAUAAUACUGACAAAGGAAACAGGCAACAGUGACCUCAUGUCUGGAUUAACUUCAGAAGAAAGACGAGGACAUCUUUCUACUUAACCACACACAGAAAUGAAAACUGGUGAAAAUACAGGGAAAUCUGGAGGUGAAGAAGUGAGAUGCUUGUAUCAGUUCACUGGCCGUAUUAUGCUCAGGGAAUGGGACAGAGGCAAAGUCAUGAGAACACUCAAGACCUGACUGACGAAACCUCAGCAGAUUCUCUAUCAUAAAGAGUGUGAGCAGCUAAACUAAAACAUUAAAAGGAAAAUAACAGAUGCCACUCUACAGUCUGUAUUAACUACCGCUUACUGGAUACAUUCAAAUCCUUCCGAAUCGAGAGUAACCAGGUAGCAGAGAGAGACACGAGCCAUGGACAACCUCACCUCUGUGGCUGGGAACAGCAGCCAGUGCAGCAGAGACUACAAGAUUACCCAGGUUCUCUUCCCACUCCUCUACACUGUCCUGUUUUUUGUUGGACUCAUCACCAACAGCCUGGCAAUGAGGAUUUUCUUUCAAAUCCGCAGUAAAUCCAACUUUAUUAUUUUCCUUAAGAACACAGUCAUUUCCGAUCUCCUCAUGAUUCUGACUUUUCCAUUCAAAAUCCUCAGCGAUACUAAACUGGGAACAGGACCUCUGAGGGCCUUUGUGUGCCAAGUGACCUCCGUAGUGUUCUAUUUCACGAUGUACAUCAGUAUCUCAUUCCUAGGACUAAUAACUAUUGAUCGCUACCAGAAGACCACCAGGCCCUUUAAGACAGCCAACCCCAACAAUCUCUUGGGGGCUAAGAUUCUCUCGGUUGUCAUCUGGGCAUUCAUGUUCUUAAUCUCCUUACCCAACAUGAUUCUGACCAACAGGAGGCCGAGUGACAAGACUGUGAAGAAAUGCUCAUUUCUGAAGUCAGAGUUUGGUCUGGUUUGGCAUGAAAUAGUCAAUUAUGUCUGUCAAGUCAUUUUCUGGAUUAAUUUUCUAAUUGUCAUCGUAUGCUAUACGCUCAUUACCAAAGAACUGUACAAGUCAUAUGUGAGAACAAGGGGUGCUGGCAAAGUCCCCAAGAAAAAGGUAAACAUCAAGGUUUUCAUUAUCAUUGCUGUAUUCUUUAUAUGUUUUGUUCCGUUCCAUUUUGCCCGAAUUCCCUACACCCUGAGUCAAACCCGGGACGUCUUUGACUGCGCUGCUGAGAAUACUCUGUUCUACGUGAAAGAGAGCACACUCUGGUUAACGUCCUUAAAUGCAUGCCUGGAUCCAUUCAUCUACUUUUUCCUUUGCAAAUCCUUCAAAAAUUCCUUGAUAAGUAUGCUGAGAUGUUCCAAUUCUACAUCAUCUCCAUCCCAUGACAAUCGGAAAAAAGGACAGGACGGCAGUGACCCAAGUGAAGAGACACCAAUGUAAAUAAACUGAGGUAAUAUUUCAGUCUAUUAGUGUAUAGAACUCCCCAAAGGCAAGCACUAUGUGGCAAAUAUUAACAUUGACUAAGAAGUAGCCGAGUUAGUAACAAUAACUCUUGAAACAAUAAAUAGAAGACUACGAAAGCAAUUUUCAUUUACUUGUCCAAUACUGAAAGCAAUCUUAAGAAGCAGAGAAGUAACCUAACAUGUAGCUGUGUAGCAAAACAAACUGCAUCCAAUCACCAUGCCACAUGCAAAACUACACACAGGUUAUGAUAUGAAGCGUUUUGACAAAAUGGGUAACCAUAUAAUAAUAAUGUAUAUGUAAUUUUAAAAAAACAUUGAUCACAAUCCUAUUACGAAUUUAUUAUAAUCAGCUAAGAAUGAUAAAUCUGAUAAAAUCACACCAAUUAUUAUAUACUAAUAUAUGUAUAUAUACUUAUACAUGUUUAUAUAUAUAUAUAUAUUGCAGUCCCUUAACCAAAUGCUUACCUAUGUGAUACUCUUUAUAAAAAUUUAAGUAAUUGAGACAUGCAAAGAACAGUAACUACUAACUUUCAAUUAUGAGGAAAAACUUAAGGGAUUUAAACUAAUUGAAAUGGUAACUGAUCAGACUAAAAAGUUUUAAAACUACCUUCUCAAGAAAAACAGCAGAAAUAGCAAAGUUAUUAAAACAGAGUUAUUUUACAACAUUUAAAUACCAGGAACUUAUGGAUAUUUCCUUAACACACAGAAACUGGUUUACUCAUAUUUUGAUAACUUUAGUAAAUACAGUACCAUCACUGAUACUGAUCUCUAUUAACUAGCUUCUAAAAACUGUGAUUUGAAAAAAAUAAAAUAAAAACUGUGAUUUGGCCUGAUGAACAUUUCCCCUAUGAGAAAAACAAAUUAAAUAUGAUUAUGCAGUUGAACAGUAUGAACAUCGACAGGAAAGUGAUGAAAAUGUUGGGAAUUAUCUGUUUGUCAUUUGUGUAUAUAAUAAAUAAUUUACAUUAAACUCUAAA